AUGAUCGGAAAACUAGUCAUGGAGAGUUUGGUGCGUAAUCCGACAACUCCGUCUAUGUACCAUCUGAUUACGCGGGUCGGUUUGGGCGUGGGUGGCGGUGGCGGCGGUAGUCACUACAAAGUGACUACGCGCUGCGUACCCGAAGUGAGCGUAACCUCACCGACCGAUGGCCAUUAUCAUGAAUUACAGCCAUACUCAACGGUAUCAACAACAUCAUCAUCAUCAUCAGCAUCAACAACAAACACACCGCAGUCAGCAACAGUGGCCAUAACAACAGCAACAACAACAACAACACAUACGCAUGCCAAUCAUCAGACAAGCGAACAGCAGCCAUCAAAAUCAGCAACACAACCACCACAUCAACCACAUCAACUACAUCAACCACAUCAACAACAUCACCAUCAUCAACAACAGCAACACAAACCAAAAGAAAAUCACAAACAACAAGCGCAACAACAGAAAGCACAUAAGAAAUCGAAAGCCAAGUCGAGUAGCCACGGCAACAGCAACAGCAAUAGCCACUGCUAUAGCAACUAUAAUUACAACAGCAAUAACAACAACAAUAAUAAUAAUAGCAAGAACAGCAUUAACCAUAGCAACAGCCAUAGCCAAAAUAGUAGUAACAGUAAAACUUUUCUACAACGCAGUAAACACACUAACAACAUUUAUUCAUCAGGAGCCACACUGGUGGAGGAGGAGGACUUCAAUGAAUUGACCGCCGUACCGACAGCAACCAUUGUGAUAGCAACAAAUGUGAAUGGCAAAGUGCGCAUAAGUCCACAAGCGACCAUCAACAACAGCAGUGCUGGUCCGGGCAUUGGCAACGGCACCGGCAAAGAGUCGGUUCGCCAGCUGCCACCACCACUAAAACUGACCGCCAGCACAACAACGACGCCAACAAGACCGACAACAAUUGCCGCGCCAACGAAAAAUCUACUGCAACGCCAGAAGGCGACCCAGCAGCCACAUCAGCAGCAACAGGCGAGUCCAACCAGAAGCACAGCUGAGAAAUUGCUUGCACAAACUAGUGAGGAAAGUCAACCCACUGAAUUGACACCGCUGGUGGAGACGCACGACGAUAUCACGCACGGUCACAGUUCGACAGCACACACACCUUCCUCGAAUACAAACACCGCCAGCUCAACGCAACGCUCCAAUAGUACCGCGAUCGCCGCGUCUGUUUCGCCAACAGCUAGUGUUGGUUUAGCUACAGCAGCAACACAGUACAUUGGCGACUUGUCGCCUGCCACAUCGGCUGCCAGCAUCAUCUCCGCAGUAGGCGUUGCGAACGCGCCGAACAUUUACGGUCAGCAAACUAUCGUACCGGCUGCACCAACGGCACCACCGCCCACAGCUAUCGCUGCUGCUGCUGCCGCCACCACCACAACUUACAGUCACAACUCGAAGACUACACGCUCCUGGCCGGUAAUCUAUAGGAAUCCACACCAUUACGACUACGAGGCACUCUACGUGCAGGCGUCUGGCGGUAGCACUAAACCGGUGGUUGGCGCAAAUCAUCACUACCACCAUCAGCCGGCGAGUCACUUUCAAAUCGGCAGUAGCGCUUUCAAGCAGAACUGUUAUUCGAAUCAAUUUGCUCAAUCCAUUUUGUAUACGUCAAGCAAUGAGGACCUGAGCGCCAUCAAUGAGCACGGCGGCGAUGGUGUUGGUGGCGGUACAACCGGUGGCAGCAGUAAUUUCGGCGUUAGCAACGGUCCCAGCAAUCACAAUACGAAAAACAAUACACAAACGACGUGCUACUACUUUGCGCCAAGUCGGCAUAACAGCAUUUAUGAACAUCCGUCGGCUGUGGUGCAUAAUUCCUCGUUUCAAUUUGAUCCGACUGCGGCAACAACUGCAGCCGCUGCAGCGGCUCUGCGCUAA